AUGGCGGCGGAGCGGAGUCGCUCCCCGAUGGACUCGCCGGUCCCGGCCUCUAUGUUCGCCCCCGAGCCCAGCUCCCCGGGGGCGGCCAGGGCCGCGGCGGCCGCCGCCCGGCUCCACGGCGGCUUCGACUCGGACUGCAGCGAGGACGGCGAGGCGCUCAACGGCGAGCCGGAGCUGGACCUCACCAGCAAGCUGGUGCUAGUGAGCCCUACAGCAGAGCAGUAUGACAGCCUGCUCCGGCAGAUGUGGGAGAGGAUGGACGAGGGAUGCGGAGAGACCAUAUAUGUCAUUGGGCAGGGAUCAGAUGGGACUGAGUACGGGCUGAGCGAGGCAGACAUGGAGGCCUCCUACGCCACAGUGAAGAGCAUGGCCGAGCAGAUCGAGGCUGACGUCAUCCUCCUGCGGGAGCGCCAGGAGGCUGGGGGCCGUGUUCGGGAUUACCUGGUGCGCAAACGAGUGGGAGACAAUGACUUCCUGGAGGUCAGGGUAGCGGUCGUGGGCAACGUGGAUGCCGGCAAGAGCACGCUCCUGGGGGUCCUGACACACGGGGAGCUGGACAAUGGCCGCGGCUUUGCCCGCCAGAAGCUCUUCCGCCACAAGCAUGAGAUCGAAUCUGGCCGCACCAGCAGCGUGGGCAACGACAUCCUGGGCUUCGACAGCGAGGGCAACGUGGUGAACAAGCCCGACAGCCACGGCGGCAGCCUGGAGUGGACGAAGAUCUGCGAGAAAUCCUCCAAGGUGAUCACCUUCAUCGACCUGGCCGGCCACGAGAAGUACCUGAAGACCACCGUCUUCGGCAUGACUGGCCACCUGCCCGACUUCUGCAUGCUCAUGGUGGGCAGCAAUGCUGGCAUCGUGGGGAUGACCAAGGAGCACCUGGGCUUGGCUUUGGCACUCAAUGUUCCUGUCUUUGUGGUAGUCACCAAGAUUGACAUGUGUCCUGCCAACAUCCUGCAAGAGACCUUGAAGCUCUUGCAGCGCCUGCUGAAGUCGCCCGGCUGCCGGAAGAUCCCCGUGCUGGUGCAGAACAAGGACGACGUGAUCGUCACCGCCUCCAACUUCAGCUCCGAGAGGGUGUGCCCGAUAUUCCAGAUCUCCAACGUCACAGGCGAGAACCUCGACCUGCUCAAGAUGUUCCUGAACCUCCUGUCGCCCCGCACCAGCUACAGAGAGGAGGAGCCCGCCGAGUUCCAGAUCGACGACACCUACUCUGUCCCGGGAGUGGGGACGGUGGUGUCAGGCACGACGCUGAGGGGCCUGAUCAAGCUCAACGACACGCUGCUGCUGGGCCCAGACCCCCUGGGGAACUUCCUGUCCAUCGCCGUCAAAUCCAUCCAUCGAAAGCGCAUGCCCGUCAAGGAGGUGCGGGGCGGCCAGACGGCCUCCUUCGCCCUGAAGAAGAUCAAGCGCUCGUCCAUCCGGAAGGGCAUGGUGAUGGUCUCCCCGCGCCUGAACCCCCAAGCCUCCUGGGAGUUUGAGGCCGAGAUUCUCGUCCUCCACCACCCCACCACCAUUAGCCCGCGCUACCAGGCCAUGGUGCACUGUGGGAGCAUCCGGCAGACGGCCACCAUUCUGAGCAUGGACAAGGACUGUCUGCGCACUGGGGACAAGGCCACUGUGCACUUCCGCUUCAUCAAGACCCCCGAGUACCUGCACAUCGACCAGCGGCUGGUGUUCCGGGAAGGCCGCACCAAGGCUGUGGGCACCAUCACCAAGCUGCUGCAGACCACCAACAACUCCCCCAUGAACUCCAAGCCCCAGCAGAUUAAGAUGCAGUCAACAAAGAAGGGCCCCCUGACCAAACGAGAAGAAGGGGGACCCUCUGGCGGCCCAGCUGCAGGGGCCUCUCUGCCUGGAGACGAAGCCGCUCCUCCAGGGGCCGGCCAGCCAGCUGUGUCCAGCGGUCUCCUGCCUCAGCCCAAACCCAGCAGCGGGGGCCGGCGACGAGGGGGCCAGCGCCACAAAGUGAAGUCCCAGGGGGCCUGCGUGACUCCUGCCAGCGGCUGCUGAAUCUGCACCCGGCCCGCCCACCACCAUGGGAGCCCCCUCUGGCCGCCGCUCACCAGCUGGGCACAGCCCGGCCCGCCCCCCCAGCACCCCCGUUUUCCAGGGGGCUGUAAUUUAUACACUGAGGCGGGGGCCCGUCUCCCGCCCUCCUCCCUGCCUCCUUCCUCACUCACUUUUUUUUGUACAUCUGGGCCCUUAGUUUUUAUUCUUUUUAUUAUAUAUCUCUGUCUCUGUUUAGCGUGUGUGUGCGCGCGCGUGUGCGGUGCAGGUGUGCAGCUGGCCAGGGCCCUGUGUCCUUCCCCUUCCUCCCCCGUGGCUGGCCACCAGCCUCUGGGAGCCAGCCCUGCCUGUCCGUCCGUCUGUCCGUCCAUCCCUGUGUCUGGGUGAGAAUCCUCAGGGCCUUUCAAGUGUGUCAAGAGCCCACAGAGCUUCCCUGUCUCACUGCUGCCUCCUCGCGGCCUCGGACGCCCCUCCAUGGAGCCGGACUCUGGGCUCAGGGGCUUCUGGGAGUCGGUGUCUGCUGCUGCCAGAGCAGGGACCCCAGCGGGCAGAGCGUGGCUUCCUUUCUCUCUCCCUUUCCCUCUAAGCCCUCGAGCCGGUAAUGCCAAAAGCGUCUCAGUUGUGACCUGGAGAUGUGCAGACGGGAGUGGCCUUUGGGUUGUCAGCCACUUCCGGUCCCUGACUCUGACCUGGGACAUUGACCCAAAGACGGCUGUGGGAUUUCCCCUGGAGACAAUCCUGUUGGCCUGGCUAGCCCUGGCUGCUCAUGCCUCGUCCAGGAGCCCAGUCCUGCUAGGCUGUGGCUUUGGCUGGGUUCUGGGCACUGGUGACUGGGGCUUGCGCCUGCUUGGGGUCAUCUUUUCUGGCACCUCCUGUUGGUGGGGGCGGGGGUGUUCUGAGCUAGGCAGACUGGAACCCCUCUAUUCCCACCACAUGGUCCCACAGCCGCUGCAGGGCACAGGGACAGCCCGAACCCGGGCUUCCGAAGCCCCAGUUGGGGUGGGGGGGACAGCACGGCUGCCUUGGGCGGAGGGUGGGGCGGCGCAGGCCAGCAGAGGCGCUGCGUGGAAGCCCCGGCUGAGGGUUGGCGGACGGGGGCCGUUCCCCUCUGCCAGGCAGACCCCCAACUGGCUGGGCCUCCCUCAGCCUCGCCUGCGUCCUGUCCCAGCCCUCUGGCUUCCCCCUGCUUCCCGGCUGCUGGUCCCCUUGCCCCACUUCCAAGUGUUUUAGUCACCACUGGCCGUGGCCGUGGCCUGAGCAGACCGGCAUUCACAAUAAAAGUCUGUUCCGAGAUGACGGUGUCGCGUUCCCUGC